AUGGCCAGCCCAAAAUCGUCCCAGACCAACAGACAGCGACAGCGGCCCCCUCCGCGAAAGAAGGCCUGCCUAAGUUGCACCAGAUCCAAAGUCCGUUGCAGUCUUGAACGACCCGCUUGUUCUCGAUGCAGAUCGCUCGGGCGCGUCUGCGAAUACUUCACUGCUCCUGAUAUCCCACCACCCCGUCCGCAGCGCAGGCAUCGGCUGGGGUCCUCGACAAGAAACGAACAGCCGUAUCUCGACUUCACCAAGGUCGAGCUAAUCCCUGCUUCAGGGGCGGAGAGUAUUCGGGACCGCUGGCUUCGGCCAUACAUCCUUCCACCACUAGGACGAGACGAGGUUCCCAAGGUGUAUCAUCCAUUCACACUACAAUACAUUUCAAGAAUCCUAGCUACUUAUCCAAGGUGCAUGCUGAAGGACGGAAAAGCACCGCCCAUUCUUCAUCAAACACAAGUAUCUGCGGAAAAUCUGCCGCAGGCAUUGGCCAAUUGCUAUAGUCUCGUCCGAAUGUGGGAAAAUGCUGUGCCAGGAAGUGAGGCCAUGGUUAUUAACACCAUAGAAACAGAGAUGGACCGUUUAGCCAACGAGCUUCCAAGCCGAUACGAUCAUGAACUCCUCUCCACUUUCCAGGCCUACCUAAUCUACUCUGUCAUGUUAUACUUCUCCCCUCGACUCGCUGCCCCAGCGGCUGUCACAGACAAGGUCAUGAUUACACUCAUGGAACUGGCCUUUCGUACAGCUCGCAAUGGUUUUUUCUGUGCUGCCGAGUUGUCCCAUUCGCGACCUACCUGGGAAUCAUGGAUUGUGGUUGCCUCGAAACGUCGUGCCAUCUUCGCAAUGUACCUCUUUUGCAGCGUGUACAAUUCCGACCGACUCUUGCCCAAUUUUAUUGCAGAUGAAGUACGAGGUGUCUUUGCCCCGGAAGGCAGAUCGUUGUGGGAGGCGCCCGACCGAGAAACGUGGGAGCGGGAGUAUGAGCGUCAUCUGCUGACUUGGGAGGACGGGAUGCUGGAGAUUUCAGAGCUGUGGCGAUCGCAGGAUACCGGGACUGUUGAGCAACGAGAGAGGAUUGAGCGGUGGCUGCAGACGGUGGACGAGUUUGGAAUGCUGUUGUUUGGAGUCACCGCACAUAUUCAUGGGUGUUGA